AUGGCUUCCAUCACAACCGCGCUCCAAGCCCUUCUUGUUCAGCAACCAACACCCGCAGUGCGCGAACAUGUUGAACACGCUAACAGUAACAGGGAUGAAGUUGAUGACGAAGAAAACCCGUUUGCAGACGACGUUAACCCCUUUGCUACUCUACACAACAAUCGUACCCUAGCACCAGAUACCGUUCAAAAUGCAGCAGCGCUUAUUCAUUGGGAAUCGGGUUUCAAAACCGAGAUACCAGAGUUUCAUGGAAAUUCUUCAGCUGAAGAACUGCUCGAUUGGAUAGUCACGGUAGAAGAAAUUCUAGAGUUCAAACGAGCUCCAACGGAUCGAUGUGUUCCUGUUUUAACAAUGCGUUUUCGUGGAAGAGCAGCUGCAUGGUGGGCACAAUUGAAGACAACUCGUGCACGUCUCGGAAAACCAAAGAUCAUGUCCUGGGAUAAGCUUUCGUCGAAACUUAAGAAAACAUUCUUGCCUUACAAUUAUGAUCAGCUUAUGUUUCAACGUCUCCAUACCAUCCGCCAAGGCACCCGCUCUGUAGCUGAUUACUCUACCGAAUUUUUUUUACUUCUUCAUCGUGUAGAUGUACAAGAUUCUGAGCGUCAGUUGGUAGCACGAUUUACAGCAGGGUUACGGCAACAGAUUCAACACACCAUCAAUCUUUUCAACCCUCUGACACUUUCCGAAGCACAUCAACAAGCUUUGACCAUUGAAGCACAAACAAAAUCAUCAUUCUCCUCUUGGUCUAGUAUUCGUUCUUUGCGUCCAAAUACACCUCAGACAGUACCAGACGAUGCUGCACCUGUCAAAACAGAUUCUUCCAUUGUUCCUGCUCUUGACCAGCGACAAACUCGACCAAACUCAAUUCGUUGCUUUUCUUGUGGAGAUAUAGGUCAUCGACAGUCUAACUGCCCCACUAGAAACAGAAGAGGCCUCCUCCUUGACACUGCUGGUAAUGACGUUGAAGUAACUUACGAUGAAGAAACUACGGAUCCACAAGAUGAAGUGGAGGUUCUUACAGCUGAUAGUGGACCAGCAUUAAUGUUAAGACGUGUGUGUUUAGCUCCGCGUGGAACAGAUAUUAACCCUCAACGACAUAAUCUUUUUCAUUCAAAGUGUACUAUUGGAGGCAAGGUGUGCAACUUCAUAAUUGAUUCUGGAAGUAGCGAAAACGUCAUUGCUGAGGAAGUUUUAAACAAACUUCAAUUAUCAACAGAACUACAUCCUAACCCCUACAAGUUGGCAUGGUUAGAUCGGAAAACCGAUGUACUCAUAACUCGACGAGCAUUAAUUUCUUUCUCGGUGGGUGAUUCAUAUAAGGAUCAGAUUCAUUGUGAUAUUGCUCCAAUGGAUGCUUGCCAUCUACUCUUAGGACUCCCUUGGUUAUUUGAUCUUCGAGUACAACACGAUGGCUAUCGUAAUACCUACAGUUUUCGUUACAAUAAUCACAAUUUCACUCUACAUCCUUCUUUGCCCGAGAAACAACAUACACCAUCAGCUCCAGUCCUUCUUGCAGCAAAAGGCUUUUGA